CUAACACUUGCACAGCAGGACAGCAUGGCAUAUCGUAUGUGUGUGCGAGUGUUGCUCCGUUCCAGUUCACUUCUCGCGUGCCACCCAGGAUCCGUAAGGAGCCAUGCACAAUUUCAUCACACAGUUCCCAGUCUCUGUAGUCAAUCCGAGCAGAAUGGUUCUUCAAGCUCUAAAGUGCUGGUGCACUUUGUAAAUCAGUCGGGGGUGAAGAGCAGCGUAUUUGUCACAGAGGGAGAGACUCUGCUCGACGUUGUCGUCAAGAAGAAUCUUGACUUCAGUGGCUUUGGAGCAUGCGAGGGCACUCUGGCCUGUUCCACCUGUCACCUGAUAUUUGAGGAGAAUGUGUUUGACAAACUGGAGCCAAUGGUGGAUGAAGAGAUUGACAUGCUGGAUUUGGCUUAUGGAAUCACCAAGACAUCUCGAUUGGGGUGUCAGGUGACUGUGGAGCGCUGGAUGGACGGAAUGACUGUUCGCGUGCCGCAAGAUGUCAAAGAUCAACGAGGAAAACAGGAGGCAGUGAGCAGCAAAUGAUACACAAGCGCUCAUAUUUCAGACUUAAAAUAAUAUAUAUUGUAUAUAAUAACUAUAUACAGCAUAACAAAAACAGUACUUUUACUCAAGAUUAAAUAACGGACAAAGCUGUUUUCAUCUUGUUAUUUCUUGAUUACAUAUGAAUAUGGUGCAAUAUAAUUUCUCAAAGCAAUAAAUUUGAU